AUGCUCACUGACUUUAGCCUCGCGCGAAAAGUUGAUAUCAACACGAAAGCUUUCACAUCCGAAGUUGUAACGCUCUGGUAUCGGUCUCCGGAACUGCUUCAUGAAUGUAAAAAGUACACGAAGAGGUGGACAUCUGGAGUAUCAGUUGCAUCUUCGCUAAACUGGCCACCAAAACGCCACUUUUCCCCUAUCGACCAACUCCACCAAAUCUACAAAAAGUUGACAACACUCACUGAAAAAGGCUGGCCAAGAAUGCUUAAACUGCCGAAAUCUGAGGGGCAGUUCCCUCAGUACACCAACAGUAUCAUUGACAGCGAAUUCAAUGACUAUAUGGAUGCAGAUGGAAUUCAGUUUUUGAAAAAGAUACUCAUAUACAAUCCGGCCAGACGUGCCUCGGCGAAAAUGCUUCUCAAGGAUGUUUACUUCAACGAUGCUGAUCGAAGCAAACCACCCGUCAAAAAUUACGAUGAAACACUGAAACCUCCAACUUGA